GGGCAUUACCAUUAAAUCAUUAAUUACUACGGAGUUGUCAUACUAGUUGUAAGCACGAAGUAUAAUUUAUAAAAGGGGAAGAAUUGAAGGUGAGACGCGUACUACAUCCGAUCCCCCUCUUAAGUCUCAACCAAAAACUCAAAAAGUCAAUCUCAUCUGAAAACAUCCAUGUCUCUGGAAAUGGAUGAAGAGCUUGAGAGAGCAGCAGACAGUGGAGAUGUGGAGUUCCUUAGAAAAUGCAAAGCCUCUAAUAAACCCAACGAAUACUACCUGUCUUUCAAUGGUAUGAAUAUAUUUCACAUGGCAGCAGAGAAUAACAGAGAAGAUUUUAUUAGAGAAGCAAUUAGUAUGUUACCUCCCGAAGACGUACACCAACUCCUCAUCCAACCAGAGGAAGAAACAAGAUUGUUUAACCCUCUUCAUCACGCAUGCUACAUCGGUAAUGUAGAGAUAGUAAAGAUGUUUCUAGAAGUUUACACAUCUUUAUCUGAUAUUUCUGAACGACCUUGGUUACUCAAGGAUAACCAAGGAAGUAGCCCUUGCCAUAUAGCUGUUUAUAGUUUUCACGAGGAAUGUGCGUUGGAAGUAUUAAAAAUGGAUAUGGAGUUGAUUGCUAAUAUGCCUAGUAAUCGUGGCUGCCCUUUACUUUACGAAGCUGUAGUUUGUAAGUUAGGCAAAUUAGCUUUGGAGAUGUUGAAUUCCCCUCAUUCUUUUCCUUGCAACGGGAACGACGGCUACACUCCUUUCCACUCGAUUCAUUUUUUUGAUCGCUCAGAAGAAGCAACAGAAAUCUUUCGACUAUUACUUCAAAAAGGGUCGGAGCUACUUGAACAACAAAAUGACAAUGGAUUUUCAAUAUUCCAUUUAUGGGCAUCUGAGGGUAAAUUGUGGCCAUUCAAAUAUCUUCUAGAAAGCCAUGUUACUAUUCCAAAUGUUAAGGGGAUUUUCGCACACUUGAUCUCUUUAACAAACAUAUAUGGUGACAAUCCUUUACAUAAUCUGGCUGAAACUACCUCCAAUGAAGAAGUUGCUAUUGAAAUAGCAAAGUUGCUCAUAGAUAUAUACAAAGAAGAAGCAUCUGAUCUUUCAGAAGAUCUACCUCCAUGGUUAGUGGAGGACAAUGAUGGUGAUACACCUUUGUCUUUGGCCAUAGCUCGUCAGUACGAAAAGUUUGCACUAUAUAUCUUGUCAAUUGAUGAAAAUGCAGUUAUUGAAACCCAGAAGAAUGUUUUGUUCUUGGCUAUCGAGAAGGGAUGACAUAAAGUUGCGGAAAAAAUUCUAGAGAUAGUGGAUGCCAAAGAUUGGAAUCAACUUCUUACUAAUGAUCAUCAGAAUGUUUUGCAUCUUGCACCGUUAUGCACAAAUGACUUUUGUGCACGACUUAUCGAAAGACAUCCGGAGUUACUCACAAGAGUAGACAAAGGAGGGGUUUCAGUAUUACAAAAUUGGAUAAUAAAAAAUGGUGAAAUGUGGCUCUUUGAAUACAUUUUAAAGAGUAAAUGGAAGAGUACUUUUGUGAAACUCAUUGCUGAUGCAGAUUACAAUAACAGAAACAACCCUUUUCAUAUUGCGGCCACUACCAGCCAUGAGGCGACGAACCAAGUUGUAAAGCUCCUUGUUGAAGCUUACAAAGAAUAUAGUCCUAGUUGGAGUGUCAAUGACGUAGAUCAGUUGCCAUGGUUUAUAACGAAUAAAGCAUUUGAAGGGCCUUUGCAAUUGGCCAUACGCCACAAAAAUGAAGAACUUGCAUUAGACUUAUUGAAACUACACAAGAAUGCUAAUGAUAUUAGUGAGCUAUUAGAUUAUUACGAGCCACCGCACACUACUUUAUUUCUAGCUGUACAAAACAAUUGCUUUGAAGUAACAAAAUAUAUAUUGUCAAAAUUGGAUAGGAAAAGUUGGACCAAAUAUCUUAAGGAUUUCUCUGAUGAUGGUGAUGGAAGUAAUAUAAUGCAUCUAGUUCCAAGUUUGACAAAUGAAAAGUUCGGGACAUGGCUAGUAAAAGAAGUUCCAGAAUUCAUCACCCAAAAAGAUGACAACGAACAAUCAGCUUGGGAUAAAGCAUAUGAAAUCGGUCCUGCAUGGUUUAUAAAAGCAGUUUUGGAAAAGGAUCCAUCUGUGUUCGAUAGUGCACCAUUGGUUUGGACUAAAGCAUGUGAGAAGGGUCAUGUAUUAGCUCUUUGUGCCUUCAUCGAACAUAAUCCUGGAGCGUUUAGAGAUCUUUGUAUUGAAUAUAAGGAUUCUCCUUUGCAUCACAUAAAACUCAAAAAUUUAACUGGGUAUGAAGAGUUUCUCAAGAUUAAGCGCAUGAAGGAUUUAAUCAAUCUUCAAGAUUCCAAAGGGGUAACACCUUUACACAAAGCAAUACGAAAUAAAGACUUAUUCUUGACGGAAACGUUACUCACCAUGGAUAAGAUAAUAUAUAAUGUUUUAGAUGAUGCAAAUGUAUCUGCCAUAGAUCUGCUUUCUGAAGAAUGUGACAACAACCAAACAUGGGAUCGAAUGUGCAAAAGAAUUGGACUUGACCCAAGGAUAAAAACGACAUAUUUCCAAGAUAAGACAAAAUUGUUAGAUGUGCGAAACUCUCUAUUUAUAGUGGCGGCUUUACUAGCAACCAUUACGUUCACUGCUGGAUUCACUCUCCCUGGUGGAUUCAAUCAAGAAUCCGGAGUAGCACUAUUGGGAAAGAAGUCAGCGUUUCUAGGGUUUUUAAUAUCUAAUGCAUUGGCCUUAUUUUUUUCAAUGUUGGUGUUGAUUUGCCUCACAUGGUCCAUGGUUUUCGAUGACAGUAAAGCUAUGGUAUUGAUUGAUCGUAGUAUGGUGCUACUUCGUUUAGCACUUAACUGCACCUUAUUGGCGUUCAUGACUGGUGUAUAUGUUGUCAUAGCUCCAAAGUCAUUGUGGGCAGCUAUUCUUAUUAUUGUCAUCAUGAGCUCCCUCAUUGGAAUUUCAGUCAACAAGACUUUCUUGUAUAAUUUUCUAGAGUAUGUAUACAAGUUCAUCCCUACUCUAGUUAAAAAGCACAGAGGUCGAAUCCAUGAUGUGGAACGGGGCAUCCCGAAAGAACAAGGCCACUUGCAUGAUGCUUAGUCGUUGUGGGGCCUUGAUCAUACUGCUAGCCAGAGCCAAACAAAGUAGGACUCAAACGCGAAAGUGUGAAGAAUGUAGCUACCUAGGUUGAACUCGAACCCACUUUUGAAUAUGGAAACCGGGAAGUUGUAAACAUUGUAACGAUUUGCUGAACAUUGGUUUGCUUAUACUUCUUUUUGCAUGCUAAUUAGUCUUUGUGGGCAUCCCUGCUGAUUGCUUCUAAUACAAAAAUAUUCUUAUGGAGUACUUUAAUGUUGUUGAUGUCAAUUUCCAAUUUAUGAUCAAAGCGAGAUUAAUUG